GCCAACGACGACGACGACGUUCAAAACGACGAAGCUCUGCCCGACGACGACGACGACGCCGAAGAGUCGCACGCGAUUUAAAACGCCCCCGAAGGCGCGAGUGAGUGCCACAGUGAAAAACGCCUGCGCAUACGGCUCUGAAUCCGGAAAUUUUAAACCGAAUUUAAAAACCGUGCACCGGACCCUCUCUCCUAUGACUAUAUAUUUUGUUUGGUGGUAGAAUUUUUUUUGGCAAAAGUGAAGCAACCAUCGAGGAAGGCAGUGCAAAAAACUCAUAUCCCGUACCCGAAUCCGAAUUAGCAUCCGCAAAAAAACAUUCGCAUCUCUCAAAAAUGUGUCACUGGAGCAGGAGCUGGAGCUGCUGGCAGAUGCUCAUCCUGGCCACCGUGUGGUCUGUGAUGGCAGUGGAGGCCAUUCCCAACGAUGUGUAUCUGAAGAUGUUCCCCAUGCAACCGCCGGUGGCGGAGGAUCCCUGCUACGACAAGUCGCGCCAGCCGCGGAUCUGCAUUCCCGAUUUCGUGAAUGCCGCCUAUGAUGCACCCGUGGAAGCCAGCAGCACGUGUGGGGCCGAGCAGCCGCAGCGGUACUGCGAGCACGGGGCAGGGACGGACAGGGAAAUGCAGUGCCACACGUGCGAUGCGGCCAAUCCGCAGCGCAGCUUCCCGCCGCGCGCCCUCACGGAUCUGAACAACUCCAACAAUGUGACCUGCUGGCGAUCCGCUCCUGUGCUACCCGGAGGGGCUGGCGGUGCUGGCGGCGCUGGCGGUGACAAUGUGACCUUGACCCUCUCUCUGGGGAAGCGGUACGAGCUGACGUACGUGAGCCUGCAGUUCUGCCCGCGGGCACCGCGUCCCGACUCCCUGGUGAUCUACAAGAGCUCCGACUAUGGCAGCAGCUGGGAGCCCUUCCAGUACUACAGCUCCCAGUGCUGGCGCCUCUUCGGGCGCUCCAGCCGCAUGGCCGUGAGCAAGCACAACGAGCAGGAGGUGCGCUGCAGCGAUCCCCAUCGCCAGGGGCAGGGCCGCAACGAGGGUCUCGCCUCGCGGAUCGCCUUCAGCACGCUGGAGGGUCGCCCCUCCGCCCGCGAUCUGGACUCCUCGACGGUGCUGCAGCACUGGGUGACGGCCACCGACAUACGCAUCGUGUUCCACCGCCUGCAGCAGCCCGAUCCCCAGGCCCUCAUCUCCAUCGACUCUCCGCCGUCGGAUCUGCGAAGCGCCAAGUACAGCGUGCAACUCAACAGCCCAGCGGGCAACAACAUUGAUUCCUCCCCCGCCGUAUCCCCGGUAUCCGUGUCGGGGGCCGCUGCCGCUGCCACAGGCCUCCACUACGCCGUCUCCGACUUCUCCGUGGGCGGGCGUUGCAAGUGCAACGGCCACGCCUCCAAAUGCUCGCCGGAUGCCAACGGGCAACUGAGCUGCGAAUGCAGCCACAAUACCGCAGGAAGGGACUGCGAGCGUUGCAAGCCCUUCUACUACGACCGUCCCUGGGGCAGGGCCACGGCCCGCGAUGCCAACGAAUGCAAAAUGUGCAACUGCAACAACCAUGCGCGACAGUGCCGCUUCAAUAUGGAAAUCUUUCGCGCCUCCCAGGGCGUCUCCGGUGGCGUGUGCCAGAACUGCCGGCACUCGACCAUGGGACGGAAUUGCCACCUGUGCAAAGAGGGCUAUUACAGGGACCCCACCAAGCCGCUCCAUCACCGCAAGGUGUGCAAAGCCUGCGAGUGCCAUCCGAUCGGUUCGUCUGGUAAGAUCUGCAACAGCACCAGCGGUCAAUGUCCCUGCAAGGACGGAGUCACCGGACUGACCUGCAACCGAUGUGCACGUGGCUAUCAACAGAGUCGCUCCCAUAUUGCCCCAUGCAUUAAGCAACCUCCGCGCAUGAUCAACAUGUUGGACACACAGAAUACCGCACCGGAACCGGAUGAAGCCUCCCCAGACGUUGCCAAUAAUCGUGGCGGCGCCUCCGCAUCGGCGGCCGCCCAGUCCCCAUACUACCGCACCGAGGGCGGCAGGGAAUGCGGCAAAUGCAAAGUAAGCACCAAAAGGUUAAAUCUCAACAAGUUCUGCAAAAGAGACUACGCAAUAAUGGCCAAAGUAAUUGGUCGCGAUACGAGCAGCGAGGCGGCCAGCAGGGAGCAGGCGCAUCGACGCGCAAUGGAUCCCGCGGACGUGGACUACGAAAUGGAUCAGGAUCCGGGGGCGGGGGCGGUGGACGAGUACGAGUUUCAGGCGGCGGGGGCGGACUAUCCCAACGACAGCGAGACGGUGCGGUACGAUCUGCAAAUCCAGGCCGUAUUCAAGCGCACCAAAUCAGGUCCUGGGAGCAGCAGCGGGGGGAUCGGCGCAUAUGGAAUGCCGAAUACAAUGCUAAAACGAGGUCCUAUGACCUGGAUCAUACCGAUUAAGAAUCUGGAGUGUCGCUGCCCCAAGAUCAGAGUAAACAGAUCCUAUUUGAUCUUGGGACGGGACUCGGAGGCGCCACCAGGGUAUCUGGGCAUUGGGCCGCACUCGAUAGUUAUCGAAUGGAAGGAGGACUGGUAUCGGCGCAUGAAGCGUCUGCAGAGGAGAGCGCGCACCUGUGCGUAA